CACUCUCUCCCCUCUCUCUCUCUCAAGGUCCUGAUACAUUCCACCAGUCUUCCACAGAACACACACACACACUCACACGCACACACACAGUCUCUCUCUCUCUCUCUCUUAAUACAUUUCCCAUUCUUCAUUCUAUCAACUGCCUUUCACACAGGACACAAAGUCCAGUCUUUCUGUGUGUGUCUCUCUCUCCUCUGAAUUUUUCUACCAUUAUGGAUGUUCAAGAUCACAAAAAAACCCCUUCAUCAGCAGGAGGGCAUGAGGGGCAUGGGGUUCAUUUGUGCCACAAGUGUGGUUGGCCUUUCCCAAAUCCACAUCCCAGUGCCAAACAUAGAAGAGCCCACAAAAGGGUUUGUGGAAAGGUUGAAGGUUAUAAACUAGUUGACUCAGAAAUUGACCAUGUAUCUGAUGAUGACCAUCUUUCUGAUGACGAUAUUGUGAAAACCCCAAGUCCCAAGAUGGAGAAAGGAAGUGUGAAGGAGGUUGGGAGUGGUGCAGGUAUUGGUCUGAAGUCAAGUAAAUCAGAAGAUGAUGUGUUUUCAGAUGCAGUCACGGAAUUUUCGGAUAGUGGGAUUAGUCCAAGCAUAGAAGAGCGCCUGGAGAGUGUUAGAGAAGUUGAUAACACUGUGGGAGCAGAACUGGUGCAUGAGCUAAAUGAUAGCCAAAAAUCUGAGGAUUGUCGAGCUGAUGAUACGACCAAACAACUGGAUGAUUUGACAACAGGUAGGGAAAUCUCCAAUGCUGAGGUUGUUGAAAGUGUAAUUAACCAGUCAGAGAAUACUAAGCCUGCAAGUGAUAACAGAGCUGAAGAAGUUUCUUUUGGAGUUGAACAAACAGAUGGUCUUCAGAUCAAUUCUUCUCCUAGUGUAUUUGAGACUAUUUCAGAGGACUUAGUUGCAAAUGCUGAGAGUGGCAAACAGAAAGAGAUCGGUUCUUCUAAAUCGGAAACCAAUAUACAAGUGAAAGAAAGUGUUAAUGAGGUUGAAUCCUCCACAGAAUCUGUAGUCCUUCUUAGUAAGUCUCCAGAUGAAGCAUCUCUAAGUAAAUCUAAGUCAGAUGUUGCAGAAGGAAGUUCUGGUUGUGUGGUAGUGGAAUCAAAGGAACACGAAGCAGACAGAAAAGUUUCAGAUACUAUGACCAUGGAACCUAAGUUGCAUGAGGCCAAUGGAAGUAUAUCACAUGCUGCAGCAGUCAAAGAAAUUGUUGAACAGGAGAAAGAGCCGAGUAACAAGUCGGAAGCUAGGAUGACAAGUGUUUCCACCGUAAAUGAAAUUAUUGAACAGGAGAAAGGGUUGUCUAAUGUGUUACAGGCUGAGAUGACCAAAGUUGAUCUCCCCUCUCAAACUGAGCCUCAUAAAUGCGCUGAUACUUCAGUUACUACUCAAGCUGAAGCUGAUUCUGCGGGGGAUACAAUACGAGUUGGUCAUGAUGAGUUGGCUAAGGUUUGUGAUUUGAAGGAAGGAGGGGAUAAAGAGGUGCAUGUAGUAUCAGUUGCUGAAACUUUACCUGCGGUAGAAAAUCCUGAGAUCAUGAUUGGAGAUUUUAAAGACUACAAAGUUUUAAGAUCCAGUUUUCCUGUGGAUCUAGGGGAUGCUGAAGUUACUAGGUCUGGGGAAGAUGAUAACAAAGUCAACCUGCCUGAGUCUGUCCCGAGUCCCAGUUCAAGCGUCCCUGUUGGAAGGUUGCACACCUCUAAUUUAAAUUCUAGUUGUUCAGAAGCUAGUCUUGAGAAAGAAGGCCUUUUAACACCUGUUCAAGGGGAAGUUGAUACUUCUGGGUUAAGGGGGAUCAGUGGAGAAGGCUCUGGAAGUAAUGGCCUGGAAGGUUCUUCAGUGAAUUCUGGUUUUGAAAAACAGGUUAUUGAAGGAUGUCAACCUAAACCGACUGAUAAAGAAUCAUCGCAAGAUGGAGUUCCAGCACCAAGCUCAAUUGAACAUUCUGAUGUGAUGCGUGCUGUGUCGUCCAUUGAUGAAGAAUUCAGCAGUCAAACAACCAAAUUAAGUAACUUUGAAACUGCUGAUGAUAAUGUAAACUUGAAAAGUGAUCAUGUGAGGUCAGAAAAUGGAACAGAUCACCUGUUGGACGAAGAUAAUAUUUCGAGUUCUAAAAAAUGCACAAUUGAAGUUGAUGUGGAAACCUCACAAGGAACUGAAACAGGUACGAGCACUGAAGUACAAAGGUCUGAAGGUGUAUUUGUCGUGGAUCCUGAUUUAAUUCCUGAAGGCCAUAGUGUAGCAUCAGGUGAACAAUCAGAAAAUCCUAAGGAGAUGGAAACACAAAUUUCCAGUUCAGAUUCUCAAUUAAAACCUGAAGAUCAUGGUGGAGCAUCUGACAAAAAAUCAGAAGAUUAUAAGGAGGCAGCAGGUUUGCCUGUAGCUUCUACGGUCUCAAGCCAAAGUUUUGCUACUGUUGAAGACAAAAUUACCAAUGAUGCAGUCACUUCUGAAAUAGGUAAGAGCACUGAAGUACAAAGGUCUGAAGAUGUAUUUGUCGUGGAUCCUGAUUUAAGUCCUGACGGCCACAGUGUAGCAUCAGGUGAACAAUCAGAAAAUCCUAAGGAGAUGGAAACACAAAGUUCCAGUUCAGUUUCUCAAUUAAAACCUGAAGAUCAUGGUGGAGCAUAUGACAAAAAAUUAGAAGAUUAUAAGGAGGCGGCGGCUUUACCUGUAGCUUCCACAAUAUCAAGCCAAAGUUCUGCUACUGUUGAAGACAAAAUUACCAAUGAUGCAGUCAUUUCUCAGCCCUUGCUAGAUGGAGACAAUGGCAAGCUCACAAAAGAAAGUGUACACGUUUCUGCGGUUGAUGACUCCGUUGUUUCAAGCAGCCGAACUGAGAGUUUGGAUGGGAACUGGGGAUCAGUAUCAGUACUUUCUACCCAGUCAGAUGGGGCAGCUCUUGCGGAUGCUGAAACACUAUCUUCAGCUGGUAAUCAGGGACCAGAGAAAUCUGGGGUCACGUCAUUAAAGCUGCAAACUCCGUCUCAGGAUAGCCAUCCUGACAAGUCAGAUGCUUUUGAGCCUCCAUCUUUCAUGACAUUGGUUGAAUCUCGGGUCGAGGAUGACAAGAAAGUUGUGGCCACAGAAACACAUGAUAUCCAGAAGACUGAACAGCCAAAUUCUGAAGCUUUACAGGCUGGCUGGUUUCCAUCUCUAACCAAUGUCGUUAAUGAAUCAGAAGGCAGAAAGAAAAAUGAAGAGAUUAUUGCCAAGGUAACAAACUGGAAUGCAGGGAAGCAGCACAGUCCGUUGAAAAAUCUUCUGAACGAAGCUCAAGCUGAAACAAAGGUAAAAUCAGCUGACCAGAAACAAGUUCCUUCUGUGAAUCAGGGCAACGAGACUGUCUCGAAGAACAAUGGUGCUGCAGUGACUACUGUUGGCUCAAUUAUGGGAUCAGAAACGCCAGUUGACAAUGCUGCCAAGAGGGACAUGGAGAAGGAAUGGAAUUCCCCAGCAAGAUACCCAGUUGAGAUCAAGAAAGAAAAAAAGAAGGGAAAACCAUAUUGGGUACCAUUUGUGUGCUGCACUUCCAUACACCAAGACGUGUAAACCUUUGGUCUCGCGUUGACCCCAAGACAUCAUCUUGGAGGCACUUCGAUCAUUUUCUUUUUUCGAUCACUUUGAACAUGAAAUCCUUUGUACCUAUUGACUAAACUACGGGAUUACUGCUUUAGCAUAAAACUGGCUCUUGUAGAAUCUAGAUAAGGUGUCUCUUGUUACGAACAUAUAUUGCUAUCAGCUGUUUUGUGUGUGUGUAUAUAGCUAUAGCAUUCCUGUGUUUGAAAGCAUAGGUGAGUUACACGAUAAUUUCCUGUAAGCUCUUUGACUCCUUUAAGUUCAAUUCCCCUAAAUUCGAUGCUUAUUUUGUCAA